AUGCUGGGGCUAGCAGCAAUGAGGACGUGGAUUGAGCCAGUUGUUGCAGGCUCCCAGCUGGCCAGCGCCUUCUACGACACAGGGCUACUAAUGGUGGUGAAGAACUACUACAACCAGACCAACCUGACCUCCCCUUCUCACACACUGCAAGAUGCUCAGCAGAAAGCUGUCUCUAAUUUCUAUAUCAUCUACAACUUAGUCCUGGGCCUGAGCCCACUGGUGUCAGCCUACGGUUUGUCUAAGUUGGGGGACAAUGUGCAUCGGAAGAUACACGGGGCUGCUGCUUUCAAUGGGCUGACAGGCGGUUUCACCACACUCUGGGCAGGUGUCAUGGCUCUGGGAUCCCUGGGCUCCUCCGUGAGCAAGAGGUCUCUGCGGCUUAUCAUCAUCGAGCUGGUGUACGGUCUGGCAGGCUUCCUGGGAAGCAUGGCAUCGGGGUACCUCUUUGUGGGCUUCAGCAACCACUAUCGAGAGGGCACAGUGCUGGUAGGCUGCAGCAUUGCCUGCUAUGCUUUCUGUCUCCUCUACAGCAUUUUUGUUCUGAAAGUCCCCAAGACAGCAGCUUCCUGCCCAGCCAAAGCAAAGGGCACAGGGGAUGGUGGUGACCAGGUACCAGACAGCGCAGGAGCCUCACAGAAUUCCUCCUCUUCUGAGAGCAUCAAUCUUGCACCAGCAUCACCCUCAAAACUUACCAUUGUCAUGCUCUUUGCUGGGGCAAUUCUCUACGACCUUGCAGUAGUUGGUGCUAUGAAUGUGCUCCCACUCUUCUUGCUCAAGGAGCCUUUAAGCUGGAGUCCUGUGGAGAUUGGCUAUGGCAAUGCUGCAGGGUAUGUGAUCUUCAUCACCAGCUUCCUAGGAGUAUUUGUGUUCUCCAAGUAUUUUAGGGAUACUACAAUGAUCAUGAUUGGAAUGGCAUCCUUCAGCACUGGCAUCCUCAUCAUGGCCUUCGUGCAGUGGACCUUCUUGUUCUACAUCGCACGGGCAGUGAUGCUUUUUGCCCUCAUCCCCUUACCAACCAUCAGGUCCAUGUUAUCCAAGCAUGUUGAAGGGUCAUCUUACGGUAAGGUAUUUGUCCUGCUGCAGUUGUCCUUAGUCAUCACGGGAGUAGCGACAUCUACCUUCUACAACAAGAUCUACCAAAGCACCCUGAACUGGUACAGCGGGUUCUGUUUCAUUCUGUCUUUCCUAUUUGGCUGCCUAAGUCUCCUCCCUCUAAGCAUUGUGGCCUUCAAACAACGUUCCACCACUGGUUCCCUUCAAAUUCUGACAGACUGACAGCAGCAGCAGCUAAAAC